GCACCUGCCCACAAAGUUGCUGGUAGCCGCCAUCCCAAUGUAGUGUCAUCCCAAGCUAAAGGGAAGAGGAAGGCACUUGCCACAACUGAGCCACCAACCAAGAAAAGAUUGGGUUGUGGUGGUUGUGCUUCAGGUACACCAAAUUACAAUGAUGACAAUGUUGCUGCCCUGCUUGAUGCAUGCAUGAACUGUCUUCCGCUUGGCACAAAGGGUUGGCUUGCUGUUGAGGAAGAGUUUGCUGCAUGGGCAGAUAGCCAUGACUGUCCCACUUGUCCCACAAAAUCUCUUGAACUUAAGUUUAAGCAGUUGGUUUGCACUACAAAGCCAACUGGUGAUGCUGAGUGCCCUCCUUACAUUGAAUGUGCUCAUGAAAUCAACGACUGCAUGAAUGAGAAGGCUGGCACCUGGGAUCUUGAUGACGAUGAAUUUGCCGAU